AUGGACGGCAGCUCUCAGGCUCGUCAAGAGCCCAUAACGAAACGCAAAACGGACAAGCCGAUAGACCCACUAGAUAUCUCGCAUAGGGCGAAAUGGUCUGUCUCGUCUUUCAAGUUCGGUUUUGGUGCGGAGUGUCUGUUGGACGAUGACCCGGAUACUUUCUGGCACUCAGAUGGACCUCAGCCGCAUUUUAUUACCAUUGAAUUUCCUCGAAAGAUGGCCAUACAGAAAAUUAGUGUCCUCCUAAAUUAUCCUCUAGACGACUCGUACACCCCCUCUGCUCUUGCAAUCCGUGCUGGAACUGGCCCAAGUGACCUACAAGACAUCCGGAUGGUCACUCUAGAUAAGCCACAUGGCUGGGUCACCUUCGAUGUCUCCUCAGAGCCCAACGAAGAUGGAGAUGGACUAAACCCCGUCUACGCAUACCAACUACAAAUUAUCAUUGCCCAAAACCACAUGAGCGGCAAAGACACGCAUGUCCGGGGACUCAAAGUGCUCGGGCCCGUCCAAGAGUUUGUAGGGGCGGACGAUGCCUUCGCGUUCAAGUCGCCAAACUACAGGAUGUAUGAGACCCUCCGCUGA